CAUGAAUCACAUAAACACGUUCAUGUCAAUAUUUACAUAACGUUGCUAUGAUACUAUCUGCAUUCCUUGUGUUAUAACUUCCGUUUUUUAUAUGAGGUUAAGAUUUUGUAACGAUAUCAAAUUCGUUUAAAACUUUGCUAUAACAAGAGCAAUGUCAGAACAAACACAAGCUGAUGAAAUGAUGUAUAAAGCUCAACGGGAUGACAUCAGACAAAAGAUUUCCAUGUUAAUCGAAGAUGCUGAACAAACAGCAAAACAACUGUCUGCUCAAAGUGAACAUUUUACAGCGUCAGUCAAAGAGCAUGAGCGAAAUAUUGUUCAUUACAUGCAGGAAGAAGAUUACUGGUUAGCAGACUGCAAACUUAUUGAUUCGAUCGAAAACCAUGUAAAACGUAUUGAAGAUUACAAGACAAACAUCGAUAGGGAUCAGAUCGAUACCGUUUCAGAAACAGACAUCUAUCAAAGGAAUGGAAACGAAUAUCAGCAUGCUGCAGGUGACUGCCAUAACACAUGGGUCAGCCUAGGGAAUGAUAUAAACACAAAGAAAGGAUCGAAGAAUGUUGAGGAAUGCAAGGAGUUUUAAGCUUUUUGCAUCAGAACAAAACGCGACAUCCGUUAUUAUGGGGCAUUCUACAACAGGUUAUGUGCUAACGAACAAAUAAUGAAGGAACAAUGCGAAGAAAUUGAAAAAUUGAUACAGCCAGGUGGACUGGGGAAAAGUCGUUGGGUUAUUCAUUUAGGUUUUAGAUGCUGCCAUCAACGGUAACCGACCUUAAUACAAAUGACUAGUUGUGUUUGAAACUUUAUUCAUUCCUAAGAAAUACACGUGUUGUCAAAUUUAGAUGUAAAUGAGUAAAGUGAACGGUACUUUUCAUACGACGGUGAUGUUUUAUAAUGAAAACAAUAGAAAAACUGAAAAUUAAAUUUAACAAUAUAUUUCUUGUUUGGGUUGAGUUUGGCAUGAUAUGAACUAAAGACUUGCAGGAGUCUUAUUAAAAUUAACAUCUAUUUAUUUGGUGACGCAUUGAAGCGGUUUAAGUGGACGCACAUGUAUCGCUAAAUAAAAUGAAACUAUUUAGAUGCACAUAGGAUCAUAAAAUAAAAGCAAGUUUAGAAUGUAUUUGACAAAAGUUGUCUUAGUGUUAAGUUUUUCUAGUUUCCAAAGUCGGAAAUCUGUAAACAACUUUUAAUGUGUAUUUUGUCCCAAUGCGUACACAAGUUUCAGUUCUUAGUUGUGUCCAAAUAGUUGAAUAAGGUCACAAACAUAAAAUUGCCAUGUUUAAGAGAUCAACGGAAAUUGUAUAAUAGAGUAUAUCGUGAGAGCAUGUUUACUUGUGUUAUGUACUUAAUAAAUAUAUUUGUAAUACAUGUGACUGAAUUAAAAUAAA